UCCCCAAGGUGGAGAACCCAAAGGUUGGUUCUGGGGUACACAUGCUGGAAUCCUAUAUGCAGCUAUUGGGGUGGGCUCCCUUGACCUUGACCUGUACCAAGGUGGGGCCAGAGGCCCUAUGAGAGAAGCCACAGUGAUUUCUGCCACCCCAACACUGCUGUACAAAGCCCUGCUGGUGGGAUCCCCCACCCCACCCCAGAAAGAGCCUCUGCUAGGGAAGGCUGAACAGGUGCACAGGAUGGCCUGACCUUUGGUCACAAAGAGCCAGGCAAGUGAGAUCCAACCCUGGGUCGGGGGCCAGGGGCCCUCCUGAGGACACUUUUACAGCUAGAUGCUUGGCCCAUCACUGUUGAGUGGGGCCCUCCCAAGGGGCCAGAGGCAUAAAAGGGACUAGGCCCCUUGGUUGGAGCCAAGUCAGCCUGUGGGGCCGCUAAAGACUGAUAACUGGACAGAGUCCUCACCAGGCGGCUCAUCCUCACUCCCUCCAGCCUGGCUAUGCGACCUCCGGGCCCCCUCCUGCCUGCCCUGGUCCUGCUUGUGGCAGCAUGGUCCCCAGGCUGGGCCUGGCUACUUGACUACUGCAGGAGCCCCAGCAAGGCCACAUGCAACUUUGUGUGCGACUACAGGGACUGCUCAGACGAGGCCCAGUGCGGGUACCAUGGGGCCUUGCCCAUCCCGGGCACCCCCUUCACCUGCGGCUUUGAGCAGGAUACCUGUGGCUGGCAGGAUAUUAGCACCUCGGGCUACAGCUGGCUCCGAGACCGAGCAGGAGCUAUGCUGGAGGGUCCCGGGCCUCACUCCGACCACACACUUGGCACUGACCUGGGCUGGUACAUGGCUGUGGGAACCCACCGUGGAAAGGAGGCAUCCACUGCAGCCCUGCGCUCCCCUGUCCUGCAAGAGGCAGCCCCCACCUGUGAGCUGAGACUCUGGUACCAUGCAGCAUCUGGAGAUGUGGCUGAGCUGCGGCUGGAGCUGACCCAUGGUACAGAGACGCUGACACUGUGGAAGAGUGCAGGACCCUGGGGCCCCAGCUGGCAGGAGCUGGUGGUGACCACUGGCCGUAUCCAGGGUGACUUCCAAGUGACCUUCUCUGCUACCCGAAAUGCCACGCACAAGGGAGCUGUGGCUGUGGAUGAUGUGGAGUUCUGGGGCUGUGGGCUGCCUGUCCCCCAGGCCAGCUGCCCCCUGGGGCACCAUCAGUGCCAGAACAAGGCCUGCAUAGAGCCACACCAGCUGUGUGACAGGGAGGACAACUGUGGGGAUGGCUCCGACGAAGACCUGCUUACCUGCAGCCACCACAUGGCUACUGAUUUUGAGUCAGGCCUGGGUUCAUGGAACCACUCAGAAGGCUGGACCCGGAACCACAGUGCUGGUGGCCCUGAGGACCGUGCCUGGCCAAACCGAGAUCACAGCUGGAACAGUGCACAGGGCAUGUUCCUAGUCUCCAUGGCCAAGUCUGGCACCCCUGCUGUCCUCUCCAGCCCUGAGUUCCAAGCCUCAGGCUCCCACAACUGCUCGCUCAUCUUCUACUACUACUUACAUGGGUCCGAGGUUGGCUGCCUCCAGCUGCUCCUACAGAUGCAGGGGCCUAGUGCCCCCCAGAACCCUGUCCUCCUGCGGAGGCACUGUGGGGAGCUGGGAGCAGUGUGGGUACGAGACCGGGUUGACAUCAGGAGUGCCCAUCCCUUCCAGAUCCUCCUGGCUGGGGAAACGGGUCCAGGAGGCGUGGUGGGCCUGGACGACCUCAUCCUGUCGGACCACUGCAGAACAGCUCCAGGGAGGUCUGACCUACAGUCACUGCCUACGCGACCUUGGGUCCAGGCCCUCCAGCCCCAGCCGUCCAGCUUCUAUCCCCAGGAGGUCUGUGAGCUGGGAUAUCUCUCUUGCGGGGACCUGUGUGUGCCCCCAGAGCAGCUGUGUGACUUCCAGGAACAAUGCCCAGAGGGCGAGGAUGAGCAGGAGUGUGGCACCACGGACUUUGAGGCUGCCACGGCCGGGGGCUGGGAGGAUGCCAGCGUGGGGCAGCUGCAGUGGCAGCGGGCUGCAGCCCAGGAAAGCAGGGGGCCUGGCAGGGAUGCUCGCGGGGCUGCUGCUGGGCACUUCCUGUCUCUACAGAAGGCCUGGGGGCAGCUGAGGCCUGAGGCCCGGGCCCUCACAUCCCCCCUGGGCCCCUCAGGCCCCAACUGUGAACUCCACAUGGCUUACUAUUUCCACAGUCACCCCCAAGGCUUCCUGGCACUGGUGGUGUUGCAGGGCAGCUCCCGGGAGCUGGUGUGGCAGGCCCCAAGCAGCAGCACAGGAGACUGGACGGUGGACAAGGUCCUUCUUGGAGCACGCCACCGGCCAUUCCGGCUGGAGUUUGUCAGUCUAGUGGACUGGGACAUCCCUGGCCAGCAGGGGGCCGGGGUGGACAACGUGACAAUGAGGGACUGCAGCCUCACUGCAACCACUGAAAAAGACCAAGAGGUUUCCUGUAACUUUGAGCGGAAUACCUGCGGCUGGCACAUGGGCCACUUCACAGAUGCCCACUGGCGUCGGAUACAGAGCCAUGGCCCUGGGUAUGACCACACCACUGGCCAAGGUUUUUUCAUGCUCCUGGACCCCACAAAUCCCCCUGCCCGUGGCCGUGCUGCCCACUUGCUCACACGACCCCAGACCCCAGCAACCCCCAAGGAGUGUCUCAGCUUCUGGUAUCACCUGUAUGGACCCCAAAUUGGGACCUUGCGCCUAAUCAUGAGGAGGGAUGGGGAGGAGGACAUGCUGCUAUGGUCGCGGUCAGGCACCCAUGGCAACCGCUGGCACCAGGCUUGGGCCACCCUCCAUCACCAGCUAGAGCCUAGCACCAAGUACCAGCUGCUGUUUGAGGGCCUCCGGGAUGGGUACCAUGGCACCAUGGGGCUGGACGACGUGGCUGUGCGGCCUGGGCCCUGCUGGGCCCCCAGGCACUGCUCCUUUGAGGACUCUGCCUGCGGCUUCUCAACUGGAGGACAGGGCCUGUGGAAGCGCCAAGCCAACGCCUCCUGGGGCCCCCAGACAGACCAUACCACAGAGACAGCCCAAGGGCACUACAUGGUGGUGGACACAAGCCCAGUCGCUCUGCCUCAGGGCCACGUGGCCUCCCUGACCUCAGAGGAGCACCAGCCCCUGGCUCAGCCCACCUGCCUGAGUUUUUGGUACCACCUAAGCCUCCACAACCCAGGCACUCUGCGAGUCCACGUGGAGGAGGGCAAGAGACGCCAGGUGUUCAGUGUUUAUGGCCACGGUGGGCUUGCCUGGCGCCUGGGCAGUGUGGAUGUGCAGGCUGGGCAGGCCUGGAGGGUGGUGUUUGAGGCCCUGGCUGCUGGCAUGGAACACUCCUACAUCGCACUGGACGACCUUUCCCUUCAGGAUGGGCCCUGUCCUCGGCCAGGGUCCUGUGACUUUGAAUCUGGCCUGUGUGGCUGGAGCCACCUGGCCUGGCCUGGCUUGGGCAGGUACAGCUGGGACUGGAGUGGUGGAGACACCCCCUCCCGUUACCCACUGCCCACUGUGGACCACACCCUAGGCACAGAAGCAGGCCACUUUGCCUUUUUCGAAACUAGUGUGCUGGGGCCAGGGGGUCAGGCGGCCUGGCUGCGCAGCGAGCCUCUGCCAGCCACUACGGCUUCCUGCCUCCGCUUCUGGUACCACAUGGGAUUUCCUGAGCACUUCUGUAAGUUGGGCUGGGCCUUUGGAUGCCUGGAUGUGGGGAGAGGGGUCAGAGAGGUCUGGGGCUCCACUUCACACGAGGCCAGGCACCUGACACCCCAGCCCCCACUUCCAGACAAGGGAGAGCUAAGGGUGCUCCUGAGCAGUGCCCAGGGCCAGCUGGCUGUGUGGGGAAAAGGUGGACACCUGCGGCACCAGUGGCUAGAAGUCCAGGUUGAGGUGACCAGCACCGAGGAGUUCCAGAUCGUGUUUGAAGCCACUCUGGGUGGUCAGCCAGCUUUGGGGCCCAUUGCUCUAGACGAUGUGGAGUACCUGGCCGGGCAGCAUUGCCAGAGGCCUGCACUCAGUCAGGGAGGCAUGACAGCAUCCAUGAUGGUGCCAGCCCUGGUUGGAGGGGCCCUCCUCUUCCUCAUACUCCUGGUGCUGCUGGGACUUGGGGGACGCCACUGGCUGCAGAAGGGAGGCUGCCCCUUCAGGAGUAACAAGGACGUGGCAGCACCUGGCUUUGACAACAUCCUCUUCAAUGCGGAUGGAGUCACCCUCCCAGCACCUGCCACCAGCAGCUCAUAGACCAUCCCAGACAAGGAUCUGGCCCCUGAAUGCACUUGGACCUAGCCCCAGGCUGGAUCCACCUUCAUCCCCAGAUACCUGACCUCUCCUGAGGCUGGUUUUGGGGGCUCAGAGGACACAGAGCUUCCACAGCCCUCCCCUGUCCAGUCACUGCCCACUUGUAUGGCACAGGGUGCUUGCUCCAUGAAUAAAUGCUCAGUCCUGAGGACUGCCCAAGUUUUCAAGCUGA